CAUGCCAUUCAUUGCACCAUAAAUUCAGAGGUCAAAAACAAUGUCUUGAGCACUCUUUGAAGUGAAAUAUGUCUCCCAAAAUCUUGUCACUCAUCAACAUGAUCUGAAAUAAAUCACCAUCUUUCAUAUAAUUUUGUUUUCCAAAAGCCAAAGAAUUUAGGAAUUUCCAGCAUAAAAACAGUACCAGAAUCCCUUUACUGACAUGGAAAAGAAAUGGAAUUUGCUACUCUAUUUCUGUCAAAGAAGGAAGGAAUGAAACUCUAAAAAUAUUCCUCCUUAUCGUUUACCAAGCCUAUAUAAAAUUUUCAACCCUUGAGAUUCCUUAUAAAAGAAAACUGGAUAUCUUUCAUAUUGCAUAGCAACAACUGUGAUCAUUAUUGGGGAGCUUUACUGUUGAUUUAAAGUUUUACCAGUUGGUUGGCACCAUAAAUUAAUUCCUAUUGGUUCUUUUUACAACAUUUAGCAAAGACAAAUUUUGGUGAGGAAUUCCAUUUCUUACACUGAAAAAUUUCAAUGCAAACUCAAAUAUGGAAUUUUUUAUCUGUUUCCCAGAGUCCUUUAAUACAAAGCUGGGUUGGCCCAAAAGGAAAGCUCUGGCUUUCUGCAUAAAAUUUGGGCUAGUGUGCACCAAUCUCUACAGCUUGGGUAGGUUGCAAGCUGCAAAGAACUGACCAUUGAGUUGUUUGAAAAUAGCUUGCAAUUGUUUAUAUUUUUUUGGCCACAGGUUUGAAUGGAUAUUUGCUAUACUUUAUGGUAUUGUUAUAUGAGAUCAGUUACAAAUUGGAAGCAAUCUGGCCCCCUUGAACUUGAAGGGUUAACCCCAGAAAGAUUCAAAGACCAUUGCAUAUUCUUCGAUGCUGGUUGUAACAGAUUGCUGGAUCAAUUAAGCAUCUUCAAGUUCAAUGUGAAAUUACUUAUGCGACAUGAGAUUUUGUAAUUGAGCUCCAAGAGCCAAGAUGAUGUACGUGUGAAGUGAACCCAGCCUCCUGCAAGUACCAAGUUUAACUGAUGAAUACAAAAACAGGGUGUUGAAAAGAUUUUGCACAGUUCAAACCCACCGUGAAUAAAAUAAAGAAACAAGUUAACAAACCAUAACAAAUUAACAAUCCAAAAGCUGUCUGCCAAGGAGCCCUGACCCUGGCUCAUGAACUUAGCCAAUGUUAUUCAAACCCUCAAAAUUUGGCCCCAAUCUAUCAACCAUCAUUUCUGUAUUAAAAUCAUGCAAACAGACUUCUGAAAUCUCUCAAAUCCAAGGCUGCAUCAUCAAAGCUGGCCUUGACCGUGACCCUUUCAUUUUAAGUAAGCUUGUUCUGGCUUCUUCACUGCAAGACGUAAAAUAUGCAGCCUCCAUUUUCAAGCAAAUUCAAGACCCAAAUCUCUUCAUGUACAAUUCUAUCCUUAGAGGCUACUCAAUUAGCAAUGACCCGAAACAAGCUUUUAGUAUUUUCAAUAACUUGAGAGCCAAAAACGGGAUUUUGCUAGACCAGUUCUCUUUCAUUACAAUUCUUAAAGCCUGUAGCCGUGAAUUGGCAAUCUUUAAUGGUCAAACGAUUCAUGGCCUAGCUUUGAGAUCUGGGCAUUUGUUUUUCAUCAAUGUUAAGAAUACCCUUUUGUAUGUUUACAGUGUUUGUGGAAGAAUUUUUUAUGCCCAUAAAUUGUUUGAUGAAAAUCCUGAUAUCAACGAUGUGGUUUCCUGGAACAGUUUGAUGGGUGGGUACCUUCAUGUUUCAAAGCCCAAUAUUGUCAUAACUUUGUUCAGACAAAUGCGUUGGAGUUGUUUGACAAUGACUGUUACUACAUUUUUGACUGUUUUGUCUGCUAUUGGUGAAGUAGGUGAUUCACUUGGAGGAGAGUCACUGCACGGGCAUUGCCUGAAAGUUGGAUUUUGUUUUGAUUCACAUCUGGUGUCUGCUUUGAUUGAUAUGUAUGCGAAAACUGGGAAUGUUUGUUUAGGGCGUAGGGCUUUCGAUGAGGUUGUUGCAAAGGAUGUUAUAUUGUGGAAUUGCAUGAUUAGUAAGUAUGCAGAAAGUGGCCUGCUUGAAGAAUCUUUAGCUUUACUACGGCUCAUGAAAGUUAAGCAAGUAAAGCCUAAUUCGAGUACAUUGGUAGGAUUGCUGUCAGCUUGUGCUGCCUCUGAAGCUAUAACUCUAGGACAGUGCAUCGGUAGUUAUGUGGAAGAGGAAGGUUUACCGCUGGAUGUGAUUAUUGGGACAGCUCUUGUUGAUAUGUAUGCUAAAUGUGGGGUUUUAGACAAGGCUAUUGAUGUUUUUGAGAGGAUGGAGAGCAAAGAUGUAAAAUCAUGGACAGCGAUGAUUUCAGGUUAUGGAAUUCAUGGUUUGGCGCGAGAUGCCAUUAGACUAUUCUAUCGAAUGGAGGAAGAAGGCUUUAGGCCUAAUGAAGUCACUUUCUUAACAGUUUUGAGUGCUUGCAGUCAUGGAGGGUUGGUCACAGAGGGGAUGAAUUGUUUUGACGGGAUGAUCAAAGAAUAUGGUAUUUUACCGAAGAUUGAACACUAUGGAUGUAUCAUUGAUCUUUUUGGUCGUGCUGGAUUGCUAGAAGAAGCACAUAAUUUUAUCAAAAGGUUGCCCAUUAAAGGUGACGCUACUGCAUGGCGAGCAUUGCUUUCAGCUUGCCGAGUCUAUGGGAAUGUUGAAUUGGGGGAACGUGUGAAGGGUGUAUUGGCUGGAUUUGAUAAUGAACAACAUCCCACGGAUUCAAUCCUUCUUUCUAGUACUUAUGCUAUUGCAGGAAUGUUGCCAUAUCAGACAAGAAUGCAGGCAAUGGAAAAAGAUUUGUUUAAAGACGCUGGAACUAGACCAGCUGGAAAGAAGGAAGAUAAGAUGAUUAAGGAAGCUGGAUGCAGCACAAUUGAGAUGGAUAGUGAGGGGUUUGAACUUAAUUGCCAACAGACCUGACACAAUUAACCUGGAUGAACCA